GCGCCCUCUCCCGUCCCCGCCGCCAGCCCCCGCCUCCUUUCUCAGGAAGCUUGGGUCUCCCUGGAGCGGGUCUGCCCUUGGGGGAGGCCUCUCGGCUCAGUGCCCCGAACAUCGAUUGACAUUGGGGCGGACCAAAGAGGGGCUCGGCGCCCCCGGCGUGCACAGGUGCUAGCUCAGGCAGGAGGCAGCGCGCCUCGGCGGCGGAGGAGUCCAAGAAGAGAGAGAAGGAAAGGCGCGCCAGAAUCUCGGUCCCGGGCGCCCUGGUCGGCCAAGGAGGAGCUGCAGCCUCCACAGGAAGCUGUGCGUCUCUGGCAUGCCAACUGCUCUGCCCAUUGACUGAGGCUCCUACAUCCCAGUUUGCCCAGAAAACAGGUUGUCACAUCUCCCGGAGUCAGCUGGCCAGCAGCGCUGUAUGCAAAUUCAGCUACAGGUUACGACGCACUAACUGGAGCCUGGAACAUGGACUUCGUCAUGAAGCAGGCCCUUGGAGGGGCCACCAAGGACAUGGGGAAGAUGCUGGGGGGAGAGGAGGAGAAGGACCCUGAUGCCCAGAAGAAGGAAGAAGAGCGGCAGGAAGCGCUGCGGCAGCAGGAGGAGGAGCGCAAGGCCAAGCAUGCCCGCAUGGAGGCCGAGCGUGAGAAGGUCCGGCAGCAGAUACGAGACAAGUAUGGGCUGAAGAAGAAGGAGGAGAAGGAGGCGGAAGAGAAGGCCGCGCUGGAGCAGCCAUGCGAGGGCAGUCUGACCCGACCCAAGAAGGCCAUCCCUGCGGGCUGUGGGGACGAGGAGGAGGAAGAGGAAGAGAGCAUCCUGGACACGGUGCUGAAAUACCUGCCCGGGCCACUGCAGGACAUGUUCAAGAAGUAACCGGCCCUCCAGCCCUACCCCCACUCCACUUGUUUCUUUUCUCUUUUUUCUUUUGGGUUCUUUCUUUUCUUUUUAUUCAGUUAAGUCUCAGUUC